AUACAAAUAUUCAAGAAAUCAAGUCUAUGUCGGUGUUGCUAAUGUUUACACUCGACUAUUUUACUGCAAUGUAUAUCAACGAGGAAACUACACGACGCGACAAGCUAGUAGCCCGCCUGGUGGUAAUAGCCAUGAAGGCCCAUUAAUAGUAACAAAAUUACCGAGUACAAAUAGAUUUAUGAAAUAGCAUACUACAUUUUAAAAAUACACAGAUAAAGAAACUAUUUUCUUAGCAACAUUGCCCAAAAGUGUCAGAUGAUUGUCAAAGUUUGACAAAUGUCAUACGAGACAAAAUAAAAUGGCCACUUACAGCUUUGUUUGUUUACAAUGCAAUGUAGUAUAUUACCUAAUUUAUUUUUUAAUAAACUAAUUCCAUAUUACUCUACGAGUGUUAAGCAUUAAAUUAUAUAGUUAGUUUGUGUAAAAACUAGAUUAAAAUGUUAGCGGUACUACUUCUAAACCGCAUGAGCGUCAUGAGUGCUCGGCGCCGUAUUUCUCGUCGGGAAAAGCCUGUAAAGGUGGAUAAAAUAGCGCGGAAGGCAGCUGAAGAUGUCUACUGCAGGACUUGCCUUAGCACCGAGGACUUGGUGCCGUUGUUUUAUGGAAAACACGACGACGAAAAACGAUCGCACGAUCUCAAACUUGUCACUGGAUUGCAGAUCAAGAAGAAUGAUAGUCUAUCACAAAAGAUCUGCUCCCCGUGCCUGGAGGCGAUCAACCAAGCCUUGCAGUUCAGGAGGACCAGCAGGAAGACAGAGAAGGCAUUGCUCAACAUGAUGUCUGGUGUCAAAACUAAGAAGAAAUACUCAACGAGGCUACGCAAGAGCCUCUCAAAGCGUACGAAAGUGAAGAAGACGGAGCCUGAGGAUAUGGACGCGUGUGAUUACUCCUACAACAUGUAUGAGGACAGCUUCCAAGAUGAUGAUUACAAGAAUGUGCUUGUUAAAGAGGAGAAGCCUAAGAUUAAACAGAAGUUAACGCCAAAAAAGAAGAAAAAAAUGACAAUACCCAACGCCACUUCGUACAAAUGCACCACAUGUAACAAAGAGUUCAAGAUGAAGACCACAUACAAGGCUCACAUCAGAUUUCACACCAACUAUUGUGUUUGUGAGUCAUGUGGCAAACGCUGUCGCAACAAUAACCAGCUGCAGGAACACAAGCGCGCGCGGCACGGACUCGGUCGGAUACACAAGUGCGCCUACUGCGAAUAUUCCUCGGCCACUAAAGAAGCUCUCACUAUCCACGAGCGGCGGCACACAGGCGAGCGGCCGUACGUGUGCGACCACUGCGGCGCCACCUUCCACCGCCGCUCCAACUUGGUGCAGCACAUCGCUAUACACCUGCCGGAGAAGAACUUCCAGUGCUCGAUAUGCAACAAAUGCGAGAAAUCCAAGAAACGUCUUCAGAUCCACGUGUACAAGUGCCACCGGUCGCGGCGGCUGUACCGGUACGCGUGUCCCGCUUGCAGUGAGACGUUCGUGCGCGCCACCAACGCUCGCGUGCACCUCGCGCGUGCGCAUCACAUGCACGGCGACGCGCUGCCGCCCGUGCACAGGAUACAGGUUCACAUGCCCAUCAUGUCCGCGGAGCUGCGGCCAGGACCUCGCCUGGAGCUGCUCGGCCACGUACCGCGCAGGCCUUAACUAGUCAUUACUGAAGAUAUGAGUUUGACAGUCUGAAUAUAAUAAUAAAGAUUCUCCUGCUUUUCCGGCUCCCCCGCGGGGACUUCUGUCCCCGACUUACCCUAUUUAGAACACAGAGUAAGGUUAAUAUAUUUCAGUAAUUAGAUUUUGAAUCCAAUUAUUCGUUUUCGCGCGAUACGCUAGAUUUGUUGUAUUAUGUUACGACUGUUAAUGUGUCUGUUUUGUUUAAACUGUUUAAUUCCCGGGUCGGAAAAAGUAAAUUGGGUUUUUCUAUUUAUUUCAGCCCGGAUUCUAGAAUUUGUAGCCGAUAUAACGAUAGGAUUGCUUGGUAUGGAUUGAUUGAUUGGUAAAUACAUGGCGGAAAUUGGGUGCGCCAGUUGCGCCUCUGCCUACCCCUUCAGAGAACAAAAGGCGUGGGUGUGUGUAAAAACCCGAAUCUCAUUAGAAAAUGUGUUUUUUGUUCAAAAUAAUGUUAAAUAUAUUUUAUUUCACGGCUAACCCAACCUAACCUAACUCACCUUGGAAAAUUCUCUCAGCCCCCAAUAUAGUUUAAUGUUGCGAAUUUUUUGUCUUGACUUAAUAUAUGUCGUAGGAACAUGUGUGCAGCUAGUGUCAGGGCUGUCUGGAAAUCUUUAGAGGAGGCCUAUUCCUAGCAGUGGACUUUAUGUGGCUGAUAAUGAGCGCGGUAGUAUUAAAAAAAAACACUGUAAAUAUUUUAUUUAUUAUUUUAAAAUAGGAUACGCCUUAUUGCUGUAGCUUUAGCAGUCAACUAAUUAUCCAUAAAUGUAAAUAAAUAUAAAUACUAAUAUGUAAAUAACUAAAAUAUAUUUCUUCUUCAUUGUCUA